CAUGCUUCUUCAAGUCUACCAACAGCCCGCUAGUCGUUGUCUCUAUCCGACCGCGCAGCGCAGCGGAUGCUUUUUGCGGCGACUCAAUCAAUUACAUCACACGCAACGUCAGAAUCUUCUUCCAUUCGUUUCGCCACCCACAUCUUAGCUUUCCUAGCUUAGAACUCCAGAAUGGCUACUUGGAUUCAUAUUAAUACAUACGGGACCAUUUACUUCGCUUCAUGUCGUUCCGCCAUCGAUGACGACAUGAUACAAUUGUACUCAAGAGUACUCUUGGGCAAGACAGUAGGUUAGUAAUAUGGUCCGUUGUUCGGUUACAAGCGUAUUUAUCAACUCAGAGUCAACAUUUGAUGUCGUGUACUCGCAUAUCGCUAGAGAAUGGUACCAACAAGAAGACAUUAAUAUCAAUCCCUUUCAUAAUAGCCGACGGAACCAUAUCGAGACCUGCUGGAUUUUUGACCUUGAUAACGAUGUUCUCCGACUUAACAAGGAGAAUCGUCACCUUCAGCUUCCCCUUUCCCUUAUCCGCGCUCGCUCUGUUACCAUUACCGACUUUGAAUCUUACGCGCCACCAAGGCUAUCAGAACCAGGUUCUCGGCCUUUCCUCGCAUCGCCUUACUGGAAUUUGCGACGCAAAGGGCUAGAUCCGGAGCGCUUGGGACGGCGCCGGGCUUUUGUUGGCAGGGCCCUCACCGAUUUUGCAUUUCAGUGGAGGCACAUUCUUUGCGGCCGGUACAAUAACUCAACGUUCCGGAAGUUUGCUUGCGCGAUUAUUAGGAUUGCUACCUUGGACUUCAAUGUCGUGGAAGCGACUACUUCACGUCAGGGCUCUGGUGGUUUUCUAGUCUGGCUACACAACCUUCCAGAAUGGGAUCCACUCAAGGGGGAUGUUGUCCCAGUUUCUAGAAUAUCUAUUGUUGUAUCUCGCCAUAUUACCCACGCCAUUGCCAUUGCCCGUAAACACUUCGCGAAGACGACACCAUCAACCCCAUCACAGAUCGCUUUAACAGUGUCUGACGAAUAUCAGACGUACUUAAUCCUCACAAUACGAGAAGUCAUCCUAUAUCGAAUCAAGAACGAUUCUGAGAUAUACACAAAGCCUGAGCGUUUGUUUAACGGAUAUGAAUCCCCCUCCGAGGAAGCGUUGCAGCUCCUCCUUGAAGCUACAUAUGGCCAUUUUACUGGAACUCUUACUCACCGAUUGCCUAUCGAGUUGCAUCAUCGAAUUCUUGAUAACGUGUCGGCGGGACCAAUUGAGAGGGCUAGAGUUGGCUGUAUACUUGAAUGUGGUUCCAUUUUCGCAUGGAAGUGUGGGGGCCGGAACAUAGAGAGAGAAGAAGGAUGUCGAAACAGGACGCAGUCGACUCCUGUGGAGUCACACAUUUGGUUCGGCGACCACCCUAGUGGCGUAGCAUACAAGUGAGCUGAUUUAGCAUCUCGAGGCUGUGGGGGGGAAGAUCUCAAAACUACCACACGUCGCGCCCACUGUUUCAUCUACACCACGUGGAAGCCUACACAAAUAGCAGGGGAUUCUCU